CUAAGACGACAAGGUUUUGUGUCCAGGGAUGCCCAGUCAUCCUACAAAGCUGAUUUCUGAAAAGGAGGGGACAGAUGCAUAACUGCUUCCCCAGUGGUGACCUGGGUCUGGGAUCUCAGACCAGAUGAUCUUGAGGGUCCCUUCUGAGUAAGAUUCUAGGUUGUAUUUAUCUUGGUUUAAAACAUUAGGAGUUUUGAGAGUGUCUUGGCCAGUUUCCUUUCUGGAAUUGUGGUGUGAUAUAAUCAAGACACUUACCUGCCUCUUUAAGUCUAUUGGUUGGUUGGUUCAGGUGUGGGUAAAGUGGCCGGUUUGGGGAACAACAAUGUUGUUUACAUUCUUUCUUUCUGAAAAGUCAGGAGCCACCGGCAAGAAAUGAAAGUGAAAUCAGGGGAUAGUGUCAUCAGUCAGCACAAAUGUGACAAAGUUCAGAGAGCUGUUUACUUAGGCACAACUGCGCCUUCCAGCCGGUCACAAGCUCGGGGCUUAUGCUCGGGGCUGCAUCGUCCCCGUCUCCACCAGCCUCGUUUCUGGAACCUGACAUUAGGAGGCAGCGAGAGAGAAGAAUCAAGCGAACCUGAUUUCCUGCUCCUCCUAUUUAUGAGUGUUUUGUGGGUUCUGCAUCUUCUUUUUGGUACCCAGGGAGGCGCCCUGCGAAGCGCAGAAGAUGCCCGUCCUAAGGUCAAGGCGGAGGAACCAGCUGCGGUUCCUGGGAAUCAUGACGCUCACAGUCACAGCGAUCUUCCUGCUGUUCUUUGCUCUCCUCUGGAAGGCCGGCAACCUCAUCGACUUGCCCAACCUCAGAAUUGGCUUCUACAACUUCUGUCUCUGGAACGAGGGCACUGGGGCCCUACAGUGUCACCAGUUCCCUGAGCUGGAGGCCCUGGGGGUGCCUCGAGUUGGCCUGGCCCUGGCCAGGCUUGGCGUGUACGGGGCCCUGGUCCUCACCCUCUUCGUCCCCCUGCCUCUCUUCCUGGCCUGGUGCAACAGUAACGAGGGAGAGUGGCAGCUGGCCGUGGGCUUCCUGGCCACGUCCUCCAUGCUGCUGGCCAGCGGCCUGGGCCUCUUCCUCACCUACACAUGGAAGUGGCUCCGGCCCUCCCUCCUGGGGCCUGGGUUUCUAGCUCUGGGUGUUGCCCAGGGCUUACUCAUCCUCUUGCUUAUGGCCACAGUCAUGUUCCCUCAGAGGGCAAAGGACAAGAACUUGAGAGCUGCUAGCUCUGUCUAAAGGCUUACGUGACUGCAAGGGUUCUGUUUGAACUAUGCUCAGAGAAGGUGCCAGAGAAUUCACGGGCUGCUGUGUCUUCUCAGCCAUCCUGUUUCAUAGCUAAUGCUGAUCUCAAGCUCUAGCAGACAGGACCCACCGCGGAGGGGGUAGGGCACCCGACGUCAAGGACAAGAGGCAGCAAGGGCGGCCAGGGCUCCCUCAGCUUCUUAGUGUAGGGUUGUGUGUCCUUUGGGACUUGUAAGGUUCCCAAAGACACCCUAAAACCACACAGCUCAUUGUCACAAGAAUUCCUGCUUUAAUUAACUGAUCUGAGCAAGCCAUUCUUACUUUAUCCUCAGAACAAUGGGGAAAUAAGGCUUCCUGUCAUGGGGCCAGAUUUCCAGGACAAGUUGCCAAAUGCCAGACUGGAACCCAGUGAGGGUCUAUGAAGAAACACCUCAGGGGCCCCGGGGGCCCUGCCUGGCCAGCUCCCCACCUCCAUCCAAGGCGGGUAGAAUGCGAUGAGCCCCCCACCUCUGACAACGCUCCCAAAGGCCCAGGAAUAACCUGGGGGAUUCACCGAAGACAGAACACAUGGGCACGAAGAGCAGCCCUGGUGGCUUUGAAGGUUCCUCUGAAAAGGCUCCCGGACCUGAAGCCCGACAGAGCAGGGGGUCAGCGGGCAGAUCACUCCCAGCACGUGACCCGGGAGUUCAGGAGCCGAAGACGCUGGGUCCCUGGUCAGGAGAGGAAGGUGCACAGGACUGACCGGUUCCACAUCCACGUGAAUGCCGCAUCCCCUCACCUCUCACCCCGGGCCCAGAAAGGAUACAAGCACAACUCAUGCACUGGGGAACCUUGUGUAUUUUUCAGCACCUGUAUAUUGAAAACCUGUACAGCACGUGAUUGCCUCAUCCUAUGCCUGUCAAAAGCCACACUGAAUACAGAAGCAGAAACACGGACUCUA